CCUCCUUUGAUCCUUGAGAGGCUAUGAGGGAGUGAAAAUUGAGAGUGAGUGACACCCAAACACCUUGAACCCCAAAAAUGGAAUCUGGUUCUAGUUUCACAGCAAAAACACCAGUUUUCAAUGGUCAUAACUACCCAGUUUGGUCAAUCAAAAUGAAGGCUUAUCUAAGGGCCUUCAACCUUUGGGAAGUGGUGGAAACCGACCAGCAGCCACCACCUUUAAGGCAGAAUCCCACCUUGGCUCAGAUAAAGCAGCAUACUGAAGAAGUUACGAAAAGGAUGAAUGAGUCUGAAACUGUCAAAGAGUUUUUAGAUAGAAUAAUGAAGAUUGUGAAUCGAAUCAUAUUGCUGGAUGAUGAAGAACUCUCUGAUAAGAGGGUUGUUGAGAAGGUGUUGAGAAAAGCCUUAAGGUCCGAAAGCAAUGUGGAAGGUGCUCUCUCGACUACCGAAAAGGGUAAAAGCCAACAAAAGGAAGGAGCAAAGAAGCAAUUUUUUUAUAAGAAAUGGAAAGAAAAGGAGGAGUUUCAAAGAGAUUUCAAGGGUGGCCUGGUGUUCAGUGCAGGUCUUGUAAGCAAUUUGGUCAUGUUGAAAAGUGGAUGUACUCACCAUAUGACUCCAAAUGAGAGCUGCUUCAAAAGCCUUGACAAGAGUUUUACCUCUAAAGUCAGAUUGGGUAAUGGAGAGCUAGUAGAAGUCAAAGGAAAGGGAGUAGCAAUUGUUGAUACACCAACAGGUAUCAAGCUUAUUUAUGAUGUUCUAUUUGUUCCUGAGAUUAGCUACAACCUUAUUAGUGUUGCUCAGCUUGUUGAAAACAAAUACUCUUUGCACUUUCAUGACAAGCUAUGUGAUGUAUUUGAUGAAUUUGGAAAUUUGUUGUUAUCUGUUAAAAUGCUUGAUAGGAGUUUUCCUAUUGAAUGGAAAGAAACUCAAAUAAAGGCUUGCAGCAUGGUUUCUGGUAUGCCUCUUGUUCAUGUUGAUGAACAUGUUUGUAAAGUGUGUCAGCUUGGUAAGCAAUCGCAAUUGCCUUUUCCAUCUGGUCAAGCUCAUAAAGCUUCUAUGAAGUUGCAGCUAGUUCACACUGACAUUUGUGGUCCUAUGAAGACUGCUUCUUUAAGUGGAAAUAGAUAUUUCUUGAUUUUUAUUGAUGACUUUAGCAGAUUUUGUUGGGUGUAUUUUUUGAAACAUAAAUCUGAGGUAUUUGAUGUUUUCAUCAAGUUCAAAGCCUCAGUUGAAAACGAGUGUGGUUUGAAUAUUAAAACACUUAGAUUUGAUAAUGCAACUGAGUAUACUUCUCAUAGAUUCCAACAGUUUUUGCAGCAACAUGGAAUUCAUCAUCAGCUCACAAUUCCUUACACACCUCAACAAAAUGGUGUGAGUGAAAGGAAAAACAGAUCUAUUUUGAAUAUGGCCAGGUGUUUGCUAUUUGAGAAGAACUUGCCCAAGAAUUGUUGGGCUGAAGCAAUUUACACUGCUGUGCAUUUGCAGAACAGAUUGCCAACAAAAGCUAUUGAAGGCAAAACUCCUUUUGAAGCUUGGUUAGGGAACAAACCUGCUGUAGAUCAUUUGAAAGUUUUUGGUUGCAUUUGCUAUGCAUUUAUACCAGAUGAAAAGAGAGGCAAGUUGGAUGAAAGGGCAAAUACUUGUGUUUUUAUUGGUUAUAGCCUACAAUCUAAAGUUACAGACUCGAAUCAGGUUGCUAAAUUGAAUGACAAACCAGAACUUGAAGCAGAUUUUGAUGAUGCAGCUAAUGAAUCAGAUUUAAUUGAUGAUGCACCAGUGAGAGGAACUAGAACCGUGGAAGACAUUUAUAGUAGAUGCAAUUUGUCUACUGUUGAGCCCUCAAAUUAUUAUGAGGCUGCAAAUUCGGAUGCAUGGAGAGUAGCAAUGAAAGAGGAGCUCAAAAUGAUUGAAAAAAAUGACACCUGGACUUUGGUUGAUAAACCAAAAAAUAAAAACAUCAUAAGUGUUAAAUGGGUAUAUAGGGUCAAGAUGAAUUAUGAUGGCACCAUCAACAAAUAUAAGGCAAGAUUGGUGGUGAAAGGUUACUCUCAAUUGGCUGGAAUUGAUUUUACUGAGACCUUUGCACCUAUAGCAAGACAUGAAACUAUCAGACUAUUGUUGGCUCUUGCAGCAGACAAAGGCUGGAGUGUCUUCCAUCUUGAUGUCAAAUCAGCAUUUUUAAAUGGCAAAUUGGAAGAAGAAAUAUUUGUUGAGCAGCCAGAAGGGUUUGUGCAAGAUGGUGCAGAGAAUAAAGUGUAUUUGCUUAAAAAGGCCUUGUACGGGCUAAAACAAGCUCCUAGAGCUUGGAAUUGCAAAAUUGAUGAUCACUUGCUGAGUCUUGGAUUUGAGAAGAGUCUAAAGAUUGAUCAAUCCAGCAAAGGCAUUUUUAUUUGCCAAAGAAAUUUUACGAGUGAGAUUUUGAGCAAAUUUGCUAUGUCAAACUACAGGCCAGUUAGUAUUCCUUCUGUGUCAGGAGUUAAAUACAAAGCCAUUGAUGGUUCAACAAAUGUUGAUGUAAGGGUAUAUAGAAGUAUGAUUGGCAACCUUCUAUAUUUAUCUACCACCAGACUUGAUAUAAUGCAUGCUGUUAGUUUGCUUUCAAGGUUUAUGCAUUCACCUAUUGAAGUUCAUCUCAAGGGUGUUAAAAGAAUAUUUAGAUAUUUGAAGGCAACUGCUGGUUUUGGUGUUUUCUAUCCUAGAGCUGAGAAAAUUAAGUUACUUGGCUUUUGUGACAAUGAUUGGGCAAGGUCUGAGGAUGAUAUGAAAAGCACCACUGGUUUUUGUUUCACACUUGGAUCACGUGUUAUAAGCUGGUGUUCUCAAAAGCAAGAUGCAAUUGCACAUUCCACUGCAGAAGCUGAAUAUAUAGUUGCUGCAAUUGUUGUGGAUCAGGCUAUUUGGUUAAGGAAAUUGUUGGUUGAUGUUCAUCAUGCUCAAUCCAAUCCUACUGAAAUGUUGUGUGAUAGCAAAGCUGCAAUUGCUAUUGCUAAAAAUCCAAUCUUUCAUGGAAAGACAAAACAUUUUAAAUUGAAGUAUCAUAUUGUUAGAGUUGCAGAAAAUGAUGGUGAUAUUGUUAUGGUGCACUGUUCCUCUGCAAUGUUGUUGAUAUUUUCACUAAGGGCUUACAGAAGAUCAGAUUUGAAGCUCUUAGAAACAAGCUUGGCGUUUGCAGCUUGGAUGCCAAGGAAGAGUGUUGAAUGAAGUUCAGAUUUUUGUAGUUUUCGAAGUACUGUGCCAUCACAUGCUACAACAAUUCAGUGUCUGAUUUUUUGAUGUAAUUUAACCUUCGGUUAGGUAGCUUUUUGUUAACCUUCUGUCAGUAUAGGCACUUGAGUAGGGGGCUAAAAUUAAGCUACUUGUAGUUUGGUAAACUACUCUUCCCCUUUCCCGAAAGCUAGUGUUUAUUUUGCAUAAAAGGAGAAAUCAGUG